AUUUUCAGAAGUUCGUGGAGUCGGUUUCGAAAGUCAUGCAGGUGAAACAUGAAUGAUCGUCGCUCUUCGAGAGAGGAAUCGACAGAGCUUCCGAACGCUGGUUAUGAAAUGAAUCUCGGUGAUUACAAAAUCGGCGCUCGGGGACUUCGACAUUCGUUUACAAAGAGCUAAUCUUCAACCGAUCUUGAAAAUGAUCUGCUUGUCUGCAGCAAGCGAGUAGAUUAGUCAAACACGAAAAUUCAUGUACGAAAAUCACCAAAAUCGUACUCCAAAAAAUGGUUGGGAAUUUACUCACUACAUUUGCCAGUGAGAUCGGCGAGGUUGCGGGGUGGGACAUUUUCCCCGGGCAGCACAGACGUGCAGGCUGGUUUGGUAGAAGAGUCCGUUCUUUCUUUCCGGAGCUCGAUGGUGCGGAAGAGGAGGACGCUCAGCGAGCGCCGUGGCCCUACGAUCAGCAUCAACAGACAGUUGCGGCACCAGGAACCGUGAUUGCACCUCAAGAAGUGAUCACAAGAGAGAUACACCGCAAGAUCCGAUCGAGUCCUCGCGAAAGAGUGCGACAUGCCAACGGCAAAAAUCCCGGUUUGGUUGGCACCGCAAGUUCGAAGACUGGCGAGGAAUCCCCAAGCGCUUCGAACACGACGAUGAGCGGAGCUGUGCCGCCGUCCUUUGCAAAGACCCUGAUGCAAGCGCGGGGAAAGCACCACGGCGCAGGCCCGAUCGAUCCUUUGACAGGACAUUUGCGGCCUACAAAUGACUGGCAGAAUCCGCCGGACUUGCUGGACGGGGAUCCUGGUGCAUUCGCUUUGGGAGGGCCGGGCGCGCCACUUGAAGCAAGGUGAAGCAUGACAAGGCUUUCUCCCACUGCUACCUCUCGGAAAUAUGACUCGUCACCCGAUCACGUUGUCGCGGAAUGUCGUCUGUUUAGGCGCUCCGAGAGUGAACUAGCGCUUGUUGUGUCGCGAUGCUACUGCAUUUCUGAAAGAACUCCGGUUCUCAAAUCUGAUGGUGAGCGGAAAAUUGUACCCGAAAGACUCUCGUUCUUGAGCAGCAUGUCGACGGGCUGUCAACUCAUCGAGCGGUUUGGCCGCAAGCGGUUACACGGCAAUGAAAAUCGAAGAUCGACGACAAGGACGAUUGUGCGAAGGAUUUUGCGACGAUUGCUUUAAGACAAUAGUGAAUCUGGCGUAUCGCCCUCUGAUGAUGAUGCAGAAAAUCCCUUACUGACUACACCACCAUGCUAUGACCGAGAGACGACAGAGUGCGGAAAGAUCUGGACUGUGGAGUCCUUUCAUUUUGAGUAGAGCUGAGUACUUACUUCAUCGCAAAAAUCCGAUGCAGACUUAUUAUAUCGAUUAAAACUCUGGACAGAAAUUUGCAUGUAUCAAGACAGGACAUGGAGCAUGAAUUUCUUUACAAUGGAAGACUACUGAUUCCUUUCCGUUCCCCAGACUUCUCCAAGAGACGACCUACUUGUGUAAUAUUAACUGCGGUUUUUAAGAACAAUCAAACAAAAAGCAAUCCAUCGAAAG